AGGAAAGAACCUUCCAUCUAUCUCAGAGGCUGUGCAAAGAUAAAAAAAUGUCUUGGCAGGAUUGGUUGAUGUUGGCCACUAUAGCAGCCUUGUCUUUGCUGGGGUUGGCUUACUAUACAAUCAAGAAGUUGUACAGACAUUUCGAAGAUAGAAAUAUACCCUACAUCAAACCCAAGUUUCUUCUGGGUAGUGAUCCUGACGGUGUUUUGUUCAGAUUACAUGUUUGUGAUAGUUGGGAUAAUAUAUAUAAAAAAUUGGAAGGCAAGCCUAUAGGAGGUUUCUUCCAGACUGUUCUUCCGUUCCUCAUGGUUCGUGACCCGGAGUAUAUUCACCAAGUACUCAUAUCCUCAUUUGACCACUUCUUUGACAGGAACUUCCUGAUCGACGAGGAAGUCAAUCCACUCGACGCUCACCUAUUCCUAUUAAGAGGGAACAAGUGGCGGUACCUAAGGAAUAAAUUGAGUCCCAUCUUCAGUUCUGGAAAGCUUCGAUGGAUGUUUGAUGAAAUGGACCAUUGCGGGGAUAUCUUCUUGGAAUGCAUCGAUAAACUGGCAGAUGGAAAAGAUAGAGACAUUUUAGACGAGUUGGCAAGAUACGCCACAGAUGUCAUUGAAUCUUGUGCUUUUGGACUCGAAGGUGACAGCAUAAAAAAUCCAAAUUCCAAAAUGAGGCAAGUGGGUCGAGAUCUUUUUGACACAUCGAAGUUUAAUCUGAGUCAAUUUUUUUUUCUUUUGAGAUUUUCGAUUCCUCGCCUUCUAAUAUGGCUCAAGGUACCAUCUGUACCUUCUCAUGCAAAGAAUUUCUUUUGUACAACUAUGAGUGAUGUUUUGGAAUAUAGGAGAAAGACUGGAUUUCAACGAAAAGAUUUCGUACAAUUGUUACUACAAUUAAAGGACAAGGAAAUCGUGGAGAUCAAUUCAAACUAUGAUGUUGGCGAUGAGAAAGGAAAACACGAAGAGACCGUUACUGAAAAAAUCGAGAUAACAGACCUUCUACUUGUGGCACAGUCAUUUGUUUUCUUCGUAGCUGGGUUUGAAACGACCUCCAGGACCUUGCAUUUUCUUAUUCACCAACUUGCAGAACACCAGGAAUUCCAAAAAAGAGCAAGGAAGGAAGUUCUAGAUAUCAAAGCUAAACAUGGACGAUUUUCUUAUGAUGCUCUCAAGGACAUGAAAUUUUUGAACAAAUGUAUUGCAGAGACCUUGCGAAUGUAUCCACCGGUGGCUAUGUUAAAUAGGGAGUGCACUAAAGACUUUACAUUUCAAGAUGGUACUCUUAUUAAGAAAGGGGAACAAAUAGUUAUACCAAUCUAUUCAAUUCAUCGAGAUCCUAGAUAUUUCCCUGACCCUUUAAAGUACAACCCUGACAGAUUUGAAGUUGAUCCUCAAAACGGAACUUAUUUACCUUUUGGCGAUGGUCCUAGGAUUUGCAUAGGAAAAAGGUUUGCUAUUGUUGAAAUUAAAAUCAUUAUGGCUAGAUUAUUGGAGAGGUACUGGUUUGAAUUGAGUCCAUUAAAUGGAGAAAAAAUCGAAAUUGAUCCUUGGUCUCUAAUUGUUUCAUCUAAAAAAGGACUCUGGGUGAAAAUUCACAAAUUAACUGAUUUAAAAUAA